AUGUCUACACAUGCAUUACUUCCAAACAUUCGGUCUGUAGAUGAAGAGGAGCAAAAAGGACUGCUUGGAGGCCAAACUCAUUGUCCCUCCACCAGACAGUUCUGGUCUCCCUCACGUAGUGGACCUUCCAAGGUCAUAGUUGGUACUCCCUUCACCCUUCCUACCCCACAGGCCAUGAUCAAAGCAGAUUCAUCCCUCACGGGUUGGGAAACUCACCUAGACCAUCACAUAGCCCAGCGUGUCUGGACACCACAAAGAGGCCAGGAUGCAAAUAAACGUACUAAAACUGAUGGAAUACAAGGGGAUGCACGUGCAGGUCAACAGACACCACUAAGAAAACCUUCCAGCACAUGGCGCAAACACGCACCCACGUUUGGAAUACUAAUAGAGACCAUAUAUCCUGAAGAACCUCCAGUUAAAGCCCCAUGUGCUGUUAGGAAUCUACAGGACUUAGCUCGGAUCUACAUUAGACGCACUCUUAGAAAUUUCAUAAAUGAUGAGAUGCAAGCCAAGGGUAUCCCUCAGAAGCCCCCACCAAAACGAAAACGCAGGAGGUACCAUAGACGCAGGUUUAGCACCUAUGUCUUUAGGGGCAAUCAGCUCAUUCCUGAGCCUCUAGACAGUGAAGAGGAUGAAAGGAUGGAAGAAGACAACAGAGAUGAUGAUGAUAAAGAUCACAAUGAAGCCUUGAAGCCAGAGGAACCGCCUCGAAAUUUAUUGCGAGAAAAAAUUAUGAGUCUACCGCUACCCGAAUCUUUAAAAGCAUACUUGACGUACUACAGAGAAAAGUAACUCAUUUUAAGUAGAAACAAUAAUGCCUACUGAUAGCUCCUUUAUUCUUGAAAAUGUAGCAUUUAUUAAGAAAUAGAUGGACAAAUAUCAUUAGUCUUUCAACAAGACUGAAGUACAGUGAUACAUUGUAACUUCUCUGUCUUAACUUUGCUACAAAGACUUUAUUCGGUAGUAGAGAAUCCCUUUUUAAAAAUCUAUUUUUCUUUAAAUUUUGAGAAAUACAGUUUUAAUUCUGAUAGAAAGAUAUUCCAAAGCAGUAUGCAGCACUAAUCAAGACUUGGCAUGGUAAAUCUUUUUGAUCUUUAACAGAUUUGUAUUGAUAGAAGGGUAACUGAAAUUUUAUAUGUGCUAAAUAGCUAUUGAACAAAUGCAUUCUGACUUGAAUAACAGUUGUCUGCAUGAGGUUUUAAACAUGCACACCGGCAUUUCUCAUGUAAUAUUGAAAUUGUACCCUUUAAAAACAUUUAUUUUACCAUGACUUUGUUGCAGUCAUUAUUACCGUGUUGAUAUAAAUGUAUUCCAAGAAAUACAUAAGUGCAAUAACUGUAUACAGACAUUAAAUGAGCUGGCUUUAAUGAAAUACAAAAAUGCAAGUUCUGAAAUGUCAGGUGACCCUGCUACUUUUGCAUUUGCAUCUUUUGCCAAAAUAUCUUGAGAAAAGUGACCAUUUCUCUCAAAGCCUUAAGGGAACAUCAUGUUGAAUAUAAAGCAAAAAGAUGCUUACUACGACCGUAUUUGUUUAACUCCAUACUACAUUUUCAGUAUUAAUAAAUAAAGACAUUUUCUCUUUCUCAAGGGUUUUAAGACAACUUAUUUAGUUUCUUUCUAAAAUUCACAGUAUAGACACACAAUAUUUGGUAAUAAAAAAGAUUGUAAUUUAGAAUUAAAUGAUUUAUAUUUACUACUUUAAUAGAAUAGAAUAUGAAUAAAAUUUAGCUUGUAUUGCUUACUUGGAUAGCUGUAAUA